AACCUUGCCGAACCUCGUAAAAUCCGUGUGCAUUGUUUGUUUUGUUUUUCCAUUAUUUUCUGCAUCGUUUUAGGGUUGCGUUUCUACACCCUAUUCAUUAAAACUUAUGUUUUAACCCAAUUCCUCUUCACCCCUACCUAUACUCACCUUCACCGAAAAUGACAAUGGGAUGUCUCCAAUCAGAGAAUUUGAAGAACCCAAUACCAAUCGGUUCGGUAUAUGAAGUGGUGUCUCUGUAUCUAUUUCCUUCUUUUUGUUUCCCAAUUUAUCGAUCGGGGAACGGUUUGAUUUGUGAUAAAGAGGAGAAGAAGAAGAAAUUACAGCUAGGGUUUGUAAUUGUCUUGUUAUUUGUUCUUCGAAUUUGUUAUCAACAUAUAAAAAAGAUGCCUAUGGAUGAAAGCUUGUUAGAAGACAUCACACGGCGGCUCCUCGACGUGAAGAGACAAAGGAGUGAAGGAAGAAGACAACAGAGAAUAAGGCGAAGAAUAGGUCAGAAGAAAUGGUCUCAGCUAUUCGUUUAUGGUUAUGAUUCCACCACUUUAUUUCUGUGGAGUAUUAGUGGAAUCGAAGAAGAUUGUGAACGCCCAUUCUCUCCUUAUCUUAGCCCUUUCAGUUUUAUUCCUUCUCCCUCUCACCUUUUCUCUCAUCUUCUUCUCCACUCUUCGACAUGCCAUCACUGAACCAGGACAAAAUUCCGCUCAGACCCUACUCCGUUAUAGCCUUGAACAACGAUUGUUCAUAAAAACCACGGUUUCAGAUCUCGCCAUCUUUGCGUUACCUUUUCGCUGUGUACUUGGGCUUUGGCUUCUGUGGUGGAUGGUGGUGAUGGUAGAGUUGGGUUGGGGACUGGAAUCAUUGAGGCAAAGUACUUAUCUGGUGAAGGGCAUGAGAGGGAUUGCAGCUUCUCUAUUGUUGUUCUUUGGCUUGGUUUUUGGGAUUACAGUGUGGACUAACUGGGGAUUCGCGGUGGCUCCGGGCGGUUUGAGAGAUUGGAUAUUUGUUGCACUGAUCGUUAUUUCUUCUGCGUUGAUAAUGAUGUGCGUGCUUCAUAGUGUAGCUACGAAUACAGUGUUGUCUAUGUACUGUAAGGCUUUACAUGGGGAGCUUGCAGGGCAGAUUGCAGAGGAGUUCGCUCGGGAAUAUGUCAGUUUGCCCUUCGAUGAAGAGAAGAUUCCUCAUAUUGUUCAUGUUGCCCAACCAUGAUUAUUUAGUAAGUUUCCGGGCUCUGGUCCAUUCCAUGGUGGAUUGAAGGAAGCUUGGAAUUGGAAUUGGAAUUGGAAGGAACAGAGGAAGGAAGAAACAGAGUGGGUUUGGGUAUUUUAGGUACUUCAUAUUUAGUAAGGGCAUUUUGUUAUUUAAAAUAAA